AUGAAACUCAUUAUCCAAAGAGUCAAAUCAGCAUCCGUGACUGUCGAUUCGGAGUUAGUAUCGUCUAUUGGCAAGGGCCUUCUUGUAUUUGCUGGCAUUGGCAAAGAAGACACCGAGAAGGAUGCCGAGAAUCUCGUUAAAAAGGUGCUAAAGGCCAAGUUCUGGCCCGAUGAGAAGGGAGAACAGUGGAAAAAGAAUGUUAAGGAUAUUGAGGGGGAAGUACUAUGUGGUAUGGCUCUUCAUCUUACUAUCUGGAACACUGCUGAGCAACCCUGGUGGUGGUCUAAUCUAGUCUCCCAAUUCACCCUUUACGCAAAAAUGAAGAAAGGCAACAAACCCGACUUUCAUGAUGCAGCUGGCCCCGAACCUGCACGCAAAAUCUAUGACUUCUUCUAUGACAAGAUGCGGGAAGAAUAUGUCCCAGACCGGGUCAAGAACGGUGUCUUCCAAGCCAUGAUGGAGGUUGAACUGAAGAACGACGGGCCGGUGGGUGUAGACUACUGCAGCGAGGACGCGGCGGUCACAAUCGAAAUCAAUACCAAUCUUCCCAAAAAGGAACCCAAGGAGCCGAAGAAUGGAGACAAAGUGUCCGAUGAACAAGAAAUCCAGGGAUCUGUUGGAUUCCAAAUUCCUCCUGAAUUACUACAGUGA